AUGCCUGGCGCUUCCUUGCCUCCCUCUAUACCGCCCAACCUCUACUCCCUGGUUGAGCGACUCGUCUCGUGCUUUGUGGCGGAAGAAACCAGGAUGCUGAAGAUGAGCGGAGAAAAAAGACACAAUCGCCAGACCUUGCUCCUCGCCGCCAGCUCAAUUCUUGACCCUCGACUGCCACCCGAGCUUGAGAGAGAAAUCUUCGAAACUGCAGCCCUCCUCCACCACAAGUCCAUCCCGCUCAUGCUGCGUGUGGCUCGUCGUGUCCUGACAUGGAUAGAGCCGUUCCUCUACCGGAAUCUCGAGCUGGGCAUGUCUUCCUCCAACGAUGAACCCGAAGCCCAGCGACUACAGACGGUGUUGGCGAAGACAGAUGAAUUCCUCUACCAUGCCGUCCGCUAUCUUAUUCUCGGCCCAUCCUUUGUGUAUCAUCUACUCACGAUAGGUGAAAACCACAGAGAAAAGCUGGCCAGUAUGCGCAACGUAGUCUACGUCGCGAUUGCAGGGAAAACCGACGCGUCGGAGGCGACGACAGCUGCAGCGAGGGGAUACCUAUUUUCAGUUUUGGAAAAUAUGCCGCUUCUCCGCCUCGCCUGCUAUGCGGAGGACAUCAUGAGCGGCGCGGCGCUCAACAAAUACGAUUCUAGGACGCUUUCUGCCCUGCCCAUCUUCCGCCGCCUCACUCAUUUCGACGUCUUCGACGAAGGCCAAUCGGUGAACUAUUCGGCUAUCCGCACCGUUCUCAUGCAGCUCCCCGCACUCACCCAUCUCGCGCUAUCCCACGACAACGCCCAAUUCGCGCAGCAAUGGCGCGUCCGGGACCUACUCGCUGGCUGCCCCAAACUGCAGGUUCUCGUGUGUCUUAGAAACCCCGACCGUCGUUUCCUCGAGCGAGAUCUGGCCCGUUUUGUCGCCAUCGAUAUUCGCCUUGUGCCAUUGAUUUACAAUCGAUGGUUUGAGGGCGCUACUCAAAGCUUGGAUGGUCAGAACUACUGGGACAGGGCGGAAGAACUCGUUGCCCAGAGGCGGGCGCAAGCUCACUGGUAG